UAGACAACAUGACCGAUCACAGCUCUCCAAAACGAAGACGUUCGUCGAGGUUAGACCUACCCAUAAGUAUCUACCGAGACGAACUAAUCAAAGUCGUCGACGAAUCUCAAGUCGUAGUAAUCGUGGGCGAGACGGGCAGCGGAAAGACGACACAAUUACCUCAAUAUCUCCACCAGGAUGGCUUGGAAGGGAACGGCAUCAUUGCCGUUACGCAGCCGCGCCGCGUUGCUGCCAUUUCGGUUGCUCAUCGUGUAGCUGAGGAGCUGGAGUGUCUUGUGGGAGAGUUGGUGGGAUAUCAAGUGAGGUUUGAGAGCUGCUUGUCAGAGGAGACGAAGAUUAAGUAUAUGACGGAUGGUUGUCUGUUGAGAGAGUUUCUUGUGGAUCCGCAUUUGAACAAGUAUAGUAUUGUAGUGCUGGACGAGGCACAUGAAAGGAGUUUGGAUACUGACAUUCUAUUUGGUCUUGUUAAGAAGAUGCUGGAAAAGAACAAUGCGAAGUCAAAGUCUCGUUGUCCUAAAAUAGUGGUUAUGUCUGCGACUUUGGAUUACAACAAGUUCUCACGCUUCUUCAAUGACUGUCCAAUCUUUAAUAUUCCAGGACGACUUUUUCCUGUCGAAAAUAUCUACUGUGAUCUUAUAGGACCGAAAGAGUUGGCAGAUCCAAAUUAUGCACCAAAGGUUGUGGAAGCUGUUAUGGAUAUCCAUGUUGACUAUCCUCUUGGUGAUGUUCUUGUGUUUCUGACUGGUCAGGCAGAGAUCGAGACGGCAUGCGACAUUCUGUUUGAAAAGGCUGAACGAGUUGACUAUGAACAUGAUGUGAGACAUAAGAAUGUACGCGCGCUCUUGAUCUUGCCAAUAUAUGGUGCCAUGCCUACAGACCAACAGAGAGCUGUAUUUGAACCAGCAGGACGAGGAGUUAGAAAAGUCAUCGUUGCGACCAACAUUGCAGGCACAUCAUUGACAAUAGAUGGCAUCAGGUAUGUUGUAGAUAGUGGCUUUGUCAAGCAGCUUUCAUACAACCCACGAACUGGACUCGAUGCACUGACUGUAGUUCCAAUAUCUAGGUCUGAGGCAACACAAAGGUCUGGUCGUGCGGGUAGAACUGCACCAGGCAAAUGUUUUCGUCUCUAUACCGAGCAGGUCUACAACGAAUGCAUGGAUGAGAAUACAGUGCCCGAGAUCCAACGUACCAAUCUCACUAGUGUCGUGCUCAGUCUCAAGUGUCUAGGUGUGCACGAUGUCCUUCGAUUCAGUUACAUUGAUCCACCCGAAGAGCGCAUGUUGUUAGAAGCUCUCAGGCAGCUCUACAUCUUCGAGGCUCUGAACAAGAAUGGUGAAGUGACGAUGCUGGGUCAGCAGAUGGUUGAAUUCCCACUGCCUCCAGGACUUGCUCGUGCUCUUAUUCGCUCUGUCCAGUUGGAUUGUGUUGAGGCCAUGCUUCCAAUUGCUGCAAUGCUGUCUGUGGAGAACGUUUUUGUUCGAUCAGGUGCAAGGCAGCAGUCAGAGCUGGUCGAGAAGGCUCAUAGGAAGCUGGCAACGCAAGCAGGAGGAAGCAACGAUUUUGCAACUCUCUUAUGCAUUUAUCAAAAAUGCCAUCAAAGUGACAACCCGAAGAAAUGGUGCUCGGUGCACUUUAUUCAGUGGCGAGCUUUGAAGAUGGCAGUCAAGGUCAAAGAACAGCUAUCUGGUAUUCUUUCGCGGAUAAACGUGAGUCUCUCUCGUCGCUCGAAAACUGUUGAUUCUCUUAGUGAGCGAACGCGUCAGGCCAUUUGCGCCGGCUGUUUCUGCAAUGCAGCUCGCAAGUCACAGAAAGGAUUAGGUUUUCGUUCAAUGGACGGUCACGGCUCAGUUCUUCAUAUUCACCCGUCAUCAGCGCUGUUUGGUAUGGAGGACAAGUUGGAUUGGAUUGUAUUCCACGAAGUCGUCUGGACUACGAGAAUUUAUGCUCGCACGGUUUGUCCGGUGCGGUACGAAUGGCUGAAAGACUUGCUGCCGCGUCUCCACGUGGUCGACGUCCACAUGUUGAGCAGCUCAGGCGAAGUGGAUAGAAACAUAGAGGAGAAACCGACAGCCGUGACGGUGUCGGAAGAAGAAAACCCGACGAUACCAGCAGGUAUGGUCACUGGAAACUGUAAUCCGCAGUUUCAGAUUAUUGCGCGAUUACCGGCUAACGUCCGGGAAUUUGUUGUGAUGACAGGUCCCGGUAACCUGAGAAACAAGAACAUCAUACCUGUGGCUGAGAUACGUCAACUUGAUGACGAAAUAGCAAACGUCAGGAUGCAGCGUGGGCCAUUUCACCUGCCCAGUCUAAAACAGUGUCAGUUACUAGAGAAGAUGAAUAAGAUCUUAGCUGGAGACGAGGAUGGCUCGUUUCGGAUAACAGGCGAUGGCUUAUUGCAUCUUAAUACUACACUGAACAGCACGAAGCGAUCAUUGUAUACACUCCAUCUUUCUUUGCUUGAAAAAUGGAGAGUCGGAGAGGACGAAACCUUCUUGACUAUCAACCAGUCGGCUUGUGUUGAGAUCUGUGUGUGUCCUGGUGCAUCGAAUAAUUGUGUGCCUGCAUCGAGUCCAACUUCUGUUGCUUUGUCUUCUGGUUACGAUGCAUCGACUUCGAUAACAACUUCGACUCUUGGUGGUUCUGUUAUUGUUACUACACGGGAAUAUCUGACGUCAAGUUCGAUGGAAUCUGGUGUAAAGACCGUACCGAUAACAUAUAAUACUAUGACUGAACGUACAACGGUAAUCGAUAGGCAUCUGAAUAGUGUGCGGCCAGCAGUGUCAGACGUCGAGGAACAACUUCGUCUUGUAAUUAUACUCGGCGCGAUGGUACUCGCAGUGGCAGUACUGAUUAUUUUACUCAUGGCACUCCAACUGUAUAAAAAAUCAAGGAAACAUUGGUGUAUGAAAGUGCGUUCGGCACCAGUGUCUCCGCAUGAUAUCGAAGUGUCAACGAAUCAUGAUUUCUCGGAGCCACUGCCUGAUAAUGAGCUGUUUUAUUAUUACUAUACCGACGUGGACAGUCAAGUAGAGACGCCAGGGUUUGUGAGCAGCAAUCGAAGGGAUCGGUAUCAUGUUGAUACUAAGGAGGUUUCACACGGUGAAUGCCAUCGAGAUGUAUAUGAUGCCAGUCAGUUGCGUCGUUUGAGGUUCGUCGCUCAGCGUGACUUGAGUGUUGAGACGGCAAAAUGGGUGGACGAGCAGCGACAGAUUACAGAGAGACGAACUUCAAUGCCGACCGCAUUGGAUGACGUCUCGGUUGAUUCUAGGGACGACGGUGGAGAUUCUCUUCCCGAGUUCUCGUUUAGAUCACUUCCCAGUCAUCUUCUUAUGAACAUUACAGGAGAUAAUAAUAUCAUUUUGACGAACCCGCUUGCUAAAGUUGUGAGUCCACAAGCUCAUUGUUCAUCACGACCAACUGAAUCGCCUGUUUCUUCGUUAGCAAGUUGGGCAGUGAGACACGGGUCUGACUAUGGAUCUCCGGAGUCCCAGUUGCCUCCUGGCAGGAAUUUUGUACGAGCGCGAGGACUAAGCGUAAUCCGGAUCCCGAGCCACCCUAAGGACUCUAAGCGCAAGCGCAGUGGUUUGGAGGGAAACUCGAAGAAAAUGGCGAAGGCGUUGUUUCCCAUUCUCAACCCCUCAUCUAUACACCAAAUGCUGGUGGAAGAAUUUAGGACUGAUUCAGCGACUGAUUUUCGUCCCGACCUCGCCGACAUCGCCUCCCCAAAAAGUGCAUCUAUGCCACGUCUGUAUUCUGAAAUAUUUGCACUGAUCGUAGGAUGUCAAAUGGAGCUUGAGCCGACGUUUGAGGCUACAAAUGAGUUGGAAUAUCCAGAGCUCUACAAAGACUGCACCCCAAAAUUGAUGUUCCUACGAGGAAUGAAGAAAUUAAUGAAAUAUAUGGCAAUUGAUGAUUUUGGAAUCGCUGACAUUCUAUCACCAGACAGAAAGAGGACGCUGUACAUCUUAAGUGGAGUUGUCAACUAUCUGAUGUUCAAGAAACACUACGACCGGAAACUUGAUACAGCUGAAAAACGUUUAGAUGAGAUAGACGCUCAGAAAGCUGCAGCAACUACACAUUUGGUUGCCUUGCAAGAGAAAGUUGAUAAGAGCAGGCAACGGGUGGCUGAAGUCAACUCACAAAAAUUGGAAUUUGCAACUAAAAGUGAGGAGUUAGUGGAAGAGGUGGCAGCAUUGGACACUCAAGGUUGUAGUUUGACUAAACGCAAGGAAGAGUUGAAGGGCAAAGUGCAAGAAGCACAGAGUGCGGAAGCAACAGCGAUGGUCGAAUUGGCAACUGUCAACGAGCGGCUCAGUCAACUAGAGAGCCAAAUAGUGGAACCACCAGACCAGCUGAAAGCCAAAAAAGAGAUGCUGAUAGAGAGCAAUCACGAACUCUUUGUACAAAUCCAGCAAGCCCAAGAGGAAGCUGGUAAGAAGAGAAUCAGCAUCAGUUUUAUGGAGGAGACAACACAGAUUAUGGAAAAGUUUAUGGCACUACUUACACGUAAGGGAGGAUAUCAGGAAGAAAUAUGUCAACUUCAGAAAGAAAUUGAAAAAUUUCACUACCAGAAGGUUGAGUGUAAGCAAGAAAUGAAGAGGCAAAUUGCCGAUGAGGAGCUUUGUAAGAGAAAACUGGACAUGUUGGUAGCCAAGAAAGCUCAGCUCACCAAACAGAUUGAGAUGAGGAGCAUGGCACACAACUCCGAGCUGGAUCGCUUUGCAACUGAAAAGAAGAAACUCGUGGAGCUGACAACGUCGAACAAGAAGUUACUGGAAAUGAUGGAAGCAGAGGAACAAAAAAUCAGACAAGAGAUGGAACGUUGUCGUGAGCAACAUAAGCAGGCGAUAGAGAACUUGGUGCUGAAGGCGAGAGACAUGCUUCAUACGGUCGACCAACGAGUGGCCGAGUUGGAACACAAUGAAGAGAGUCAGAGGAACAAAAUGCUGUUGUUUAUGGAACAGGAAAUGUGAUUAUUUAUUUGGUGUUGUCGUAAAGACAUGUUGUUACUGUAGUAGUAGGCGAUGGCUGAGAUUGAGACCGAUGAAAGUAAACUUCUAGUACAA